ACUUGUCCCCCUGCAGGGAGUGUCUGGAGAACAGUGAAAAGUAUGCAAGGAGGAGAAAUCUUUCCGAUUGAAAUGUCCUGCCUCAUGGCCGUGCACAACUCUUUGUGAAAUAGGGCAGGGGUAGGGUGUGCAUGUAUGCACUGGGGAUGGGGCAGGGGGAGUCUUCUCCGGACAGGAAACCACACGUUUGCUGCUCCAUCAAGCUGGGGGCAGAGUGGUCAGAAUCAGGAAACCAGACUUCUUUUUUUAGCAGAAGCUUUUUAAAGCAAAAUGAAAUAUAUUUGGUACCUCUGGAUCUCCAGCAUCCUCUUGGCAUGGUAUGUGGUAUCUGGACAUCCUUGUAACAUUGAUAAAAUGGGACGGGCUACCUGCAGUGGAAAGAGCCUUCUCCGCCCCCCAAAUUGUCUUCCCAGGCACAUUACCAUCCUAGAUCUGUCUUUCAAUUCCCUGACGAUGCCCAAGAGUGGGCCUUUUCUGAGGAGCUUUUCUUCCCUGCAUUCCCUAAACAUUUCCAGCAAUAGCAUUCCUACCCUUUCCUCCUCUCUCUUUUGUAACCUCGGUGGUCUUCGCCUUUUGGACCUAAGCAACUGUGGCAUUUCGUAUGUACACCGAAAGAGCUUCCAAGGCUUGAAAAGCCUUCACUCCCUACUUCUGAACAACAACAAACUUCAGUCUCUGGACCUCUCCAUGUUUCCUACCUCUGGAAUCCUUAUCCAUUUGGAUCUGCGAAAUAAUGAGCUGUCCUGCAGAGAUGCACUUGUGCAAUUAAAGGUGCAAAGAAUCCACCAUGUCAAACUUCAGGGGAACCCUUCCAUGUGCAGUGACUCCCUAACUCCUUUCCAGCAGGAAGUGCCAGAAAGAGAAGAACUCCAGACUCAAGAGAUUCGAGCUUCAGAUUAUCAGACUCUGAGAUACAGAAGAAAACUUCAGUUCCUUCAGACUGAGGCUACAGAAAGGCCAUCACCAUUAGUGAAUGAUACAUCUACUACCAUACCUUCCAAUAAAAAGGGUGGGAAAAACUGGAUCUACUUUGCUGGUUUUGUGCUUUUGGCUGUCAUCAUCUCCCUCCUGAUUGCACUGAUUGCCAAAUGCAAAUUGCUCCAGAAAAACCAUGCCAGUUACCACCAUCAACGGUUGCCUGAUUCCCGCUCCAUUGGAAGCAGCCAUGUUGAGGAAGGAGACAUGGACAUGACGUAUGGUAGGAACCAACCAAUUAGUGGAGUUCCUGUGUGCCUUCCAGAGGAUGAUGAUGGUUUCAUAGAAGAUAACUAUAUUGUGCCCAAUCAAGACUUGAAGGAGGAAGAGGAGGAUCUGGAGCUGGAACCUCAUUUUAAAGUUGGAGGGCCCUUUUAGGAACAGAGUUCAGUUUGUUAUAUGCUUCAGUUUGUGCACACAGCCUUUCUAUUUCGUUUUUAGGGGUUCCUGAUACUCUCAUUACAGCCGAAGUGGGAAACAGAUAAUGAAUCCAAAGGCAAAUUUGACUCUGGGCAAAUAGGUCAGCUGCAUGCACGCAGUGGUUAGGGCUCAGUAUGUUUUCUUGCAGCCGUAGUCAAAUGUAAGUCUCAGUUCUCUCUUACACACUGAACCCAUUCUCUUGCUUGUGCAUAUACACACGUACAGGCGCAUACUCGGUUCAUUCUUUUGCACUUGUCUUUCUCAUACAUACAUCAAUUAUCAUUUUUUAGAGCUUGUGUUAGAACUGGUAGAGAUUUCUAAAGUGUCUGGGGCAUAGCAAAUAAUUUUUCAAAAGAACUGCAGCAUUUGGCAAGAGCAGUUAGUCCUUGGCAUCAAUUGAUGUUUUUUAAAGCUUGAUUGCUAUGUAAGUUAGGGAAAAACUCUUUAUUUCCAAUCAGCUGAUGGGAAGGACCUUGCCCCUGGGCAGCAUUAACCAUAAAUGCUAUGCAUCGCAUUGAAGAAGUCUCCCCAUGCUUAUCACAGCUGGUGAGUGCUAGCUGUGGGGUGUGGGAAGCUAAAAUGAUUGCCACAAAAUGAUACAAAAAAGCAGUUAUAAAUUGAUGAGGCUGUAAUAAAACAGCUUGAGAUACUCCUUUUUCCUGAAAACUCACUGAUUUACUAAAGGGAAUUUGGAGCAAGUGAUUCAUUGCUGUUACUGAACGUUUCUUUGUUAAUUAUUUACAGCAUCACUGGAACAUCCUGGCAAUUACAGUUUUACUCUUGUCCCUCUGAUGCUGGCCUGGCUUCAUAUUGAGGACAAUAAUAAUACUACCUUAUCCUAGUGUUUUCUAUACCACAAAAUAUCCACCAGUUGGAAAAAACCAAGGAGAGCAAUGAGUCAGGAUGACACAUAAUCAUGCUGGAAGCAAUUACCAGCACCACUCAAAAGCUGUGCUAUGCUAAGAAUUACUAUUGAGGAAACCUCAGCGUUAUCGCUUGAUGACAUACAGAAGGUGUAUGUACAGCAUUGCAAGCAAAAUGCCCUUGUUGCCACUGUUGGUCACCAUUUUAAAAUAGCAGAGUUAAACAACAAGGAAAAUUAUGCAACUACAACAAGACCAAGUAUCUAAUACCCUAAAAUCACCAGGUUUCCCUGCUGACAGCCAUGCUCCAUGGAUUGAGAUGGAGGGACAUCUUAUUGUCUUGUUAUCUAAUCAUAUUGCAAAGGACUGAUGGUAAGCAGGUUAGCUGUCUGUAAAAUUCAUGUAUGAAAAAGACAGUGUUGUUGACUCUGGAUUUGUUGUGAAUCACUGAGUACAUAAAGUGUGUGGGAAUUCUGCAACAUUCACUAUACCUUCUCUUUUCAUUGUGUAUACAAUAUUUGUGUCUCAGUAAACUUUCCCAUGCAUCCUUUGUAAAGUCUAA